AUUCUAAGGCAAAAAAACACAGCCGAGGAGUUCUCUGAAAGCAGUGAGAAGGUUUUUUUUAGGGCUUUACGAAUCAGAAAGCUCUGCUAAGCAACUGGGUUUUGAUUUAGAAGCAGUAAAGGUCAUAUUGUUCUCUGGACUGUUAGUAUGGCGACAGCUACUGGACUCGAGUCUCUUGUUGAUCAGUAUAUAUCGGUGAUUACAAAUGAUGGACGCAACAUUGUGGGAUAUCUUAAAGGUUUUGACCAAGCUACAAAUAUAAUCCUUGAUGAAUCUCAUGAGCGUGUGUUUUCCACAAAGGAAGGGGUACAACAGCAUGUGUUGGGUUUGUUCAUUAUCAGAGGCGACAACAUAGGUGUUAUUGGGGAGCUGGACGAGGAGCUUGAUGCAAGUCUGGACUUAUCAAACCUGAGAGCUCAUCCUUUGAAACCCGUCGUGCAUUGAUUGAAAACUAGUCAUGGUGAGAAAGCCUAAAACAAAGAGAAGAUUUGAUUGUAAACAAUUUGGAUAGCUUGUUUUUGAUGUCAUGUCUGGGGAGUUGUCUGUUUUUGUGUAUCAUAAGGACAAAGGCUAUAUGAUAUUUCUAUUUCUAACGUUUUCGUCUUGAAAGAUCUCUUGUUUGCUUUGAAAUUUCUAUGUAGUAAGUGAAACCAGAUGCUAUCGGAUUCAAGGUCGAAGUAAAGUUGUACGCUGAAACUAAAUUGGAACCU